GUGGUUGACUAAUCUGCCCAUUUUCUUUUGCAGAAACAUUCAGGAUAUCAUCCAGAGGGAAAGGAUCAGCGUAUAGCAAAGGCGGCGGCAGUAGGAUACUGUUAUCCGAAAUACCAGCAAACGGCAACAUCAUCAUCCACGAUCGGUGCAGUCGUUUGUUGUUGCGCGUAGCCAGUGAGCUAACUCCGGCAACCUGGUACCAUCCAGGCUUUCUUCUUAAAGCCACGAGCGACGGACAGGCAGCGUGUAUGAUCAUUGAGGACUAUCCCCCUCCGCCCACCAAACCGAGGAGGCAACAUCUGCAUCAAGAUACCACCCAACGAUUUUUGAAUCAUCUAGUCCUGCCUAAACACAGGACUUCAAAAUUUUCCAGUAAUAGGCAUCGGAAGCUACAGCCGUUCAGAGAAACGUGACUGGUGUCAGCAGGUAGUGCGGCAAACCUUACCGCGGAUAACGAGAAGAAGCACCCUGACUCGACACGUCGCAUACAGCUACCAGCGGGUAGCCGCCCACGUCGCUUGGCCACGUCGCCACGCAGCUGCCAAACUGCCGCUAAGGAACGUGGCGAGGAGAUCUAGGAGAACGCGGACAAAGACGUUACCCACCUGAAGGAGAGAAAGAGGAAAGGACAGACGAAAGAAAUCGCGUGAGCCACCAACAUCAUCUUAACAACGUCAUCUUGAGGAGAGAGCCGCUCGAAAAAGAGAGAGAGAGA